UCUGAUUUGAAGUCCAGUUAAAGUUGACCGUUUUAGCCGGUUACAAAACCCAUAUUUCUACACACCUUCCCUUACACUUACCGUCUCUUCCGGUCACCCACCAUCCAUUACCCCCAGUCCCCAUACUAGUUCUGCAAAUUUAAACAACUUCCCAUUACUCUCAUUCUUUCUCUCUCCUUUUCUCCUGUCUCUUCAUUUUCACACCUUUUUUAAUCUUCACUAAAGAAGAGAGGGAAAAAUAAUUUCAAUUUUUCAAUGAAAAAUUAAUACCCAUUUACUUAAUUUUAUUUAAUUCAAUCCUAGAUUUUCCAAAGUUUAAUCUUUAUUAAAAACAUUGGUGUUUGUAGUUUUUUCAUUGAAGAUUAAAUUGGUGAUUAAAUUAACUUUAUUUUUUCACUUGAUUUAAGCUUAAAAGUUGUAAUGUUUUGAUCUUUAUUAAUGGUUUUAUUGGGAUUUAAAGAAAAGAAGAGAAAAUGGUGAUGGAAGUUAAUUUCUUUCAAUUGGGUUUUAGAUUAUUUUUUGUGGGGAGUUAUGUAGAUCUGGGGAUUCUUUCUGCAGAUCGUUGAUGAUAUAAUUUUUGCUGGGUUGAAGAAAAAUUCAAAGGAUGCUGAUUCAUUUUCCUUUAUUGGUAUAAAAUCAAUUGGUUUUUGAAAUAUUGAGGUUUUUGUGGAUUUAGAACAAGAGAAAUUGGACUCUUUUUGGUUAUGACAAUGGAUGUUUUGAUGAAUAAUGGUGAAAAAUUUGAAGCCAAAAUCGGUUUUUCACAAUUGCUUGAGCUUGCUGCUGAUAAUGAUGUUGAGGGGUUUAAGCAGUGUAUAGAGUCAAACCCUAGUCUAAUCGAUGACAUGGGUUUAUGGUAUGGCCGACAGUUGGGUGCCCGCGGGAUGGUUUUGGAGUAUAGGACACCGUUGAUGGUUGCAUCGAUUUAUGGAAGCCUGGGUGUGAUGGAAGUUAUACUCAAUAGCCCGGACGUGGAUGUGAAUCGUUCUUGUGGUCUUGAUCGGUGUAAUGCCCUUCAUUGUGCUGCUUCUGGUGGAUCCGUUGAUGCUGUAGAGGCAGUGAAGAUGCUUUUAGCGAAUGGUGCUGAUACUACCCUUCUCGAUUCGAAAGGAAACCGACCAUACGAUGUGAUCACUGUCUCACGGAUGCUACCCGAGUUGCGUAUAGCCCUUGAGGAUAUGCUUAUGUACAAUGGUUCUGUUGAUGUGGAAGAUAUCCGUGAUCUAGGAAAUGGGGUGAAGGUGGCUCCGUUGUGUAUUCCAGCACCUUCUGAGAGCAGAUCGCUCUCACCUGAUUUGGACGAUCUUUCAUCUCCGAUGGCGUGUAAGAAUGGCAAUAAUGGUCCUGUUGUUUCCGAGAAGAAGGAAUACCCGGUGGAUCCGUCUCUACCGGAUAUAAAGAAUAGCAUAUAUGCUACUGAUGAGUUUCGCAUGUACUCAUUUAAGGUUCGACCUUGUUCACGAGCGUAUUCCCAUGAUUGGACCGAGUGCCCUUUUGUCCACCCGGGUGAGAAUGCUAGGAGACGGGACCCUAGAAAGUAUCAUUACAGUUGUGUCCCUUGUCCCGAGUUUCGUAAGGGUACUUGUCGACGUGGUGAUAUGUGUGAAUAUGCUCAUGGUGUAUUCGAGUGCUGGCUACAUCCAGCACAAUACAGGACUAGACUUUGUAAGGAUGGAACCAGCUGUAAUCGUCGUGUUUGCUUCUUUGCACACUUACCCGAGGAACUCCGACCUCUAUAUGCUUCAACUGGAUCUGCAGUUCCUUCACCGAGGUCUAUGGCGUCUGCUGCUGCUGUUAUGGAUAUGGCUGCUGCCCUGAAUCUCUUUCCUGGUUCUCCGUCUGCAGCCGCUGCCAUGUCACCCUCACCGUUCACACCGCCAUUCUCACCUUCUGGGAAUGGGAUUCCUCACUCAACAGGUUGGCAGCAGCAGAAUAUCCCUACCUUGCAUCUCCCCGGUAGCAAUGUUCAGGCCAACAAUCUGCAAACUAGUCGUCUGAGGUCGUCUUUGAAUGCCCGAGAUAUCCCUGCUGAGGAGUUCAGUAUCUUGCAAGAUCUCGAGCUAGAACAACGUCACGCCCUUAAUAACAUGUCUUGCUUCGGAAAUCUCUCAGCUCGAUCAAAAACAAUGGCACCAUCUAACCUUGACGAUCUUUUCUCAGCCGAGAUCUCAUCUCCUCGGUACUCAGACCCACUCGGAGCAUCAUCUGUGUUUUCUCCUUCACACAAAUCGGCAAUUUUUAACCAUUUCCAGCACCAGCAGAGCAUGCUGUCACCUAUCAAUACCAAAACAUUCUCACCCAAGGCAGUAGAUCAUAAUCUUUUGCAGGCUCCAUUUGGCCCGUCCUCGCCAGGAAUGGUAUCUUCACCCGGAAUGAUGUCUUCGCCUCGAGCCAUCGAGCCUCAGGCUUCUUUCAAUGCUCGGUUAUCGGCACUUACUCUGCGCGACAAACAGCAACAGAUGCGCAGUUUGAGUGCCCGUGAUCUCGGCUCCAAUUUACCUCGUGAUCUCGUACCCGAUAUGGCUGGUUCACCCGUGAGUGUUGGUUCAUGGUCUAACUGGGAAUCGUCCUCCAACGGAAGACCCGAUUGGUCAAUGAACGACGAUGACUUGUACCGCUUGAAGAGAUCGUACACAAACGGACAUAAGGGCGAUGAACCCGAUCUUUCUUGGGUUCAAUCAUUGGUGAAGGACUCGCCAUCGUCCGAUAAUAAAGAGGUACAGACAAACGGAUUAUCCGACUCAAAUUCGAAUACUCCGGUCGAGGCUGUGGAUCAUUCAACUUUGGGGGCAUGGCUUGAUCAGAUUAGUGCUCAGUAGUAUGCUUUAAGGUUCAAUUGGAAAAGUGUGAAAACCCAAGUUUUCAUUUUAGUGUUCAAGAAAGACUAUACAGUUAACAGUAGCAAGGAGUAUUUGAUUAUCUGAUUAUUUAUUAUUGUUAUUAUUAUUAUUAUUAUUAUUAUUAUUAUUAUUAUUAUUAUUAUUAUUAUUA